AUGAACGACGUGGUAGAGGUCCCUGGCGAGGCCAACCCUCUUACUGCUCAGAAUCUGUUCAACUCUCUUGCAGCAGCUGCAAGCUCGAUUCAACAACAAGUCCAGAUUGGUACCCAGCAGCUACAGCAUUGGGAGAAGCAAGUUGGAUUUUACCCUUUGCUUCAGGAAGCUUUCCUCGAUCAUUCACUUCCCUUGGAAAUCCGAUACUUGUCUAUUAUUCAGUUGAAGAAUGGCAUUGACCGAUAUUGGCGAAAGACAGCUUCAAAUGCGAUCAAGAAAGAGGACAAGGAGCGGAUAAAGAAUAAGGCUCUCGAGGCCGGGAUCGUGGAGCCGGCGCCUUUGCUGGCUCUCCAUAAUGCCUUGGUCAUUGCAAAGAUUCUGCGAUAUGAGUUUCCUAGUGAUGAAUGGCCAAAUGCUCUUCCUUUCCUCAUCUCGUCGCUACGUUCGUCCGCACAACCCGGCGCCCCUUCCCUACAAUUCCCGCGAACCCUUAUAAUACUCCUACAAAUCAUCAAGGAACUCUCCACUGCCCGCAUGCAGAGGGUCCGAGCUAGUCUACAAUCAGUGUCGCCCGAAAUAUUUCAAUUACUGGGCGGCAUAUAUGUCGAAAAGGUCAACACUUGGAGUGCGCUUUUGGAACAUAACCACUUGGAUGAUGCUUCACUACCAGAUCUGUUCGAACAGACUCUGAUGUCGCUCAAGGUCAUACGUCGACUUGUUAUCGCUGGCUUCGAGCAUCCUAAUCGCGAUAACGCCGUUCAAGGAUUCUGGACACUCAGCCAUACACAAUUCGCAAAGUUCUUCUCCUUUUCAGAGACUAUCACAAACCCACCUCGUGUUAACAUCUUGAUCAAGAAACAUUUAUUGCAAUUCGCAAAGAUGCAUGUUGAAAUGGCCAAGGUUCACCCGGCGGCUUUUGCACUUCUUCCAGACUGCGUGUCGCUUGUGAAGUCAUACUGGACAGUUGUUUCUCGACUCGGAGAGGUAUAUGAUGCCGAAGCUUCACAGAAUAGAAUAGACACCGGCGGCGAUGGAGAAGAUGAGAAAAAUGUCAUCGAAAUCCUUGGCUUAAAGGCACUACUACUCAUUCGAGCUUGUGCCAAGAUGGCAUUCAACCCAGCCCAUAGCUUCAAAUACCAGCAGCCAGAGGACAAGGAAGAAAAAAAGAACGCCGUGGAGCUGGUCAAGUCUCAACUGUUUACACAAGACUUUGUCAUUAUGGUCAUGGAGCUCAUAGUCUCCAAGUUCUUGAGACUUCGCCAGACGGACUUUCAAGAAUGGGAAGAAGAGCCCGAAGAGUGGGAGAGGAAGGAGGACACAAUGUCUGAGGCAUGGGAGUUUUCUGUUCGACCUUGCUCGGAGAAGCUGUUUUUGGAUCUGAUUAUCCAUUUCAAGCCAUUAUUGGUGCCACAGUUGCUCAAUGUUUUCUACAAUUUUGCAAAUCCCCAAAAUCACGACAUCUUGAUGAAGGACUCGUUAUACUCAGCCAUUGGUCUCGCAGCUGCCAGUCUAGAGCAGCAACUGGAUUUCAACGCUUUUAUAGAAAAAGCUCUAGUUCCGGAAGUUCAAAUCAACGAACAAGGAUACAAGGUUCUGCGUAGAAGAGCUGCGAUUGUAAUAGGGCAAUGGAUGCCAAUCCAACCGGAGAAAUUGAACAGACCAUAUAUUUAUCAGAUUUUUCAGCAUCUCUUCAACAAAGCAGACCCCGUGAACGAUCUUCCGGUUCGCAUUACCGCAGGUCGACAGUUGAAAAACGUGCUCGAUCCGUUUGAAUUCUCUCCUCAAGAGUUCUUACCAUACGCCACACCGAUCCUUCAAAAUUUACUCACAUUGAUUCAAGAGGUGGAGCUGUCCGAAACAAAGAUGGCGUUACUGGAAACAGUGCGGACUGCUGUGGUUAAAAUGGAGGACCACAUAUUACCAUUUUCCGAUCAAAUAAUGUCACUUUUGCCGCCUCUCUGGGAGCAAUCAGGCGAAGAACACCUCAUGAAACAGGCUAUCCUGACUCUUCUUUCAUCCUUGAUGAAUGCCCUCAAGAGUGAUUCCGUCAACUAUCACGAAGAUAUGCUUCCACUCAUACAGAACUCGAUAGAGCCCGGAUCGGAAACUAUCGUGUAUUUAUUAGACGAAGCACUUGAACUUUGGGCGGCAAUAUUGUCGCAAACCCCAGCUCCAGCAUCAGCAGACCUUAUGUCGUUGUUUCCACGAUUACUCCCCAUAUUUGAAGCAGCUACGGAUAGCGCACCAUUGGCGCUCCAGAUUGCCGAGAGUUAUAUUCUUCUUUGUCCUCGAGAAGUUCUCCACGACGAAGUACGCGUGCCCUUUCUAGCAUCAUUGGAAACGCUUCUUUCAGCAACGAAGCGUCAACGUCUAGGGGUCAUACCUCAUCUCGCAGAAAUGCUCAUACGUGCGACUGAGCGUAUCGACGGCGGCAGCGAGAGUUCCUACAAUGUUAUUGCCAAGUCUCUCCUGGAUAGCUCAUUUCUCCAUGCAAUCCUAGAGGGUCUUCACUCUGCUUACGAAGUCAGUCAAUCGACAGGACCCUAUAAGAAGACAUCGGAUAUCUACGCCAAUCUCGAGACCGACUACUUUAGCGUUCUAGCAAGACUAGCGCUAGCAAACCCUAGGGUAUUCAUGUCAGCUAUAUCGGCUGCAGCUUCUGCCCCUGAAGAGCAGACACUCUCCUGGCUCCUAACGGAAUGGUUCUUUCACUACGACAACAUCGCGCUCGUAACACAAAAGAAACUCCACGUCCUCGCCCUCACGCAACUCCUAGCCAUCAACGCCACACAAGCACCACCACCGCCCUACCUCCUCAAUCAUCUACAAUCCUACCUCACCGUCUGGACCGACAUCGUCACCGAGCUGGCAGAAGGUUCCGAUGACCCUUCGACCCUGAAUACUAACGACCCGCACUCCGGAAAGGAUUACCUAAUCUAUUGGAACAAAGCUUCAGACCCAAAUAACACCUCAACCGAAGACGAAACUACUAAAAACGAAGCACCCGAAACCGCACGACGUAGAGAAUGGGAGAACUCCGACGCUGUCCAUUCCACCAACAUCCGCCAAUUCAUUCAAGAGCGCUUACAGGCUGUGAUGCAUGCAUGUGGUGGCGCGCAGCGGUUCCAAGAAGAAUGGCUGGUCAAUGUUGAUCGGGAGGUGGUGAAUGCGUUUGGGUCGUUGGGAAUUCUCUAA